AUGGACACUUCCUGCGGCAGCUUCGAGAGCGUCCGGUCGGUAUAUUCGGAUCCUGUCAGGCCUCGCAGGUCCCGCCGGCGAUGGGUCGGCAAGUACGAGCGGAUCGCGGGACGGAGCCUCUCUGUCGGCGGGGGGACGAGCCCGUCCUUGCUCGAAGUGCGGAAGCGGCAGGACGCCGGGUGCUAUGCGCGCUGUGCCCCCGCGGCGCGCACGGUGAGCGAGGGUCGACAGCGAACCGCGGAGUGGCGAGAGUCGAGCCACGCGCGAGCGUACUGGGUGCUCUGUUCGCGAGGUUAUAGUUAA